AUGCUGGAGUCGGCGAGACGCGACGUCGGUAGAUGGCUACGAACGUGUGUGCGUGGCGAAGGCGUGCAUCUGGAUCUAUACACUAAACAAGAACCCACCCGGACGGUGAGCAACUCGAACCAGAAGCUCCGCUACACAAAAGUGCGCGAUGCCGUGGCGGGUGGCAUGGCGUCUGUCAACGCCGAGCCGUUCUUCACAGCUUCAUCGAGGAGCAACGAGACGUCCAAAUAUUUUGAUGGAACCGGAUACUCGCGUACCAACCGCGUCUACUACCUCCAUGAAUACUGCUUCAACACGGCGCAGGUGGAAGUUUCACCGAAAUUGUUCCACUCUUCAAGCAGUUUGGCCUUGCGGGAGUGGAGGACCACAAACCCUCAUAUUGCUUCUGCUAGUACGCUCCAAUUCAGCCUGCUAGUCUCCUACCACCGUGACUUCCACGUUUCGUUGGACCGCUUCGCCGACAAGUUCAUCGUCACCCGGAGCGUCCGUCUCAACCAAUACAGAGCGCCGCGAGAUCUACCGCGAGCAGAUCCAACGGUGAGCCGGGUCCUCGGGCGAUCUCUGGUUAGCCUGCCCUACAAAUGCCGGAUUUGCAUCAAGGCGCUGGGCGACGGCGCGUUCGGCGAGGUGUUCAAGGCCUACUACCGGGCCGGAGUAUUUCUCCGCGUGCCGGUGGCCGUCAAGAUCACGGGCGCCGAUCAACGACGAUAUGGCGGCGCUGGCGUGCCGCCUGCUGUGCCCUGCUCGACUCCCAAGCAGCCGCUCGACGAGAAGCACCCCAACAAGGUCUUGUCGGAGCGCAAGUGGGGGACCCGGAAUUUUUCAGCGCGCUGCCCGCCUAUCGCGGAGCUGCAUCCACUGGAAACGCUGGCCAUGAUCAUCCAGCAGCUCAACUGUAACUUGACGGCGUUCCGCGCCGUCGAGCAGGAGCGGCGGAAGAUUGUGAUGGCCGAGCGGGAAGGCGGACGGGCUCGACGUUCCGGCUCCAGAAGCUGCCGCCCCUCCGCCGCCAAAAGCACGCCCUCGGAU